AUGCAAGACCUACCGCGUCCUUCUGAUAACUAUUUUAAAAUGCUCACCGUAAUUCGUUUCUGUUCGCGUCUAAUUGGCAUAGAUGUUCUUAACCCGGAUUAUAAAUUUAAUCCAGUUACUGCUUUCGUGUUCAUAGCCAUUGCUUGGAAUUUUUUAUGUUCGAUAAAUAUGAUCUACAAAAACUUUUCCACAGAUUGGACUGUGCUGCUAGAUGUAUUUUCACCAAUUAGCUGUGCAACACAAGGCGUAGUCAAAUUGAGUUCGCUUAUAUUUUAUCCGAAAUUAUAUCGACAACUCGCACAGGAACUUGGUAAAAUCUAUGAGAAAUACCAAACUAUGGAUGAGAAAUACGAGAAGAAAUUGCAAGAAUGUAACAAGAAUAUGAAGAGGAUUUUAAUCAUUCUCGGAUUAAUAUACUUCGUUUCUGCCUGGAUAGCAUUAGUCAUACCACUUGUUUUGUAUAUAUUAAAAGGCGAAAGACAUCUAAUUAUUAUGUGUCAAAUGCCAUAUAUAGAUGCGACCACUAACCAGGGCUAUUUUAUUACGAUCAUCUACAAUAUUUUAUGUGUAUUCAUAGCGGCAUUUGGAUUGUACUCCGCUGACUUGUAUAUUUUUCUCUUUCUAACACACUCGAUUUUCUUUUAUGACAUCUUCGAAUUGAAAGUGAGUGAUCUGCGUGAAUUGCUGCAACAGAACGCAAAGGAUAAACGAAUAACACCUACGCUGAAUGAUAUUGCAGAAUGGCAUCAGUAUUACUUGGAGUUCAAUGAUAAUUGCAAUUUCAUUUUCUUUUGGACCAUCACAUCCCACAUGAUCUGCACGACAAUGGGCAUCUUGAGCACCUUGCUGAUCAUCAUGCUAAGGUACUGGCCCAGUGGUUACGCUUAUAUAUUUGUUUGCUUUGUUUGGUUAUAUAUGUAUUCAAUAUUGGGCACGCGUGUUGAAAUAUGCAAUGAUCAAUUUUGUGACGGAAUUUACGACGUUCAAUGGUAUGAUUUGGAGGUUGCCGAUCAGAAGACCGUACUGCUAAUGCUCACGCAAGCUCAGGUGCCACGCAUUAUUACUAUUGCUGGAAUUGAGCCACUAUCGGUGAAUACUGCGCUUAAGAUUACACGAACGAUCUACAGCAUUUCUAUGAUGGUGUUGCAGUUUAAUGAAUAA